CGUUAAAGUACAAAAGAUCUCAGACUCUUUUGCUAUAUAUAAUUUACUAGUAUUGGUUUUGUAUCGAAACAUCAUUCUACGUACUAGUCGUCACCGAUGACUUUACACAUAAUUGAGGUUGCCCGAGUCACCCCAGCCACCGACUCAGACUCGGUCCUCAACUCACUCAAGAUCCCCUUGACGUUCUUCGACCUACCAUGGCUACUAUUCAGCCCAGUGAAGCGAGUCUUCUUCUACAGAGUCACCGAGUCGACACGUGAGCAUUUCAACUCCUUCAUCCUCCCUAAACUCAAACUCUCCCUGUCCCUCGUCCUCCGCAACUAUCUCCCCCUCGCGGGCCGCGUAACAUGGGCCCCAAACGAGCCCAAGCCCAGCAUCGUCGUCUCCCCAAACGACGCAGUUUCAUUAACAAUAGCCGAGACCGAAGCCGAUUUUUCUCUUCUCUCCGGUUAUGAACAACGUCCCGUUUCCGAGUUACACAACCUGCUCCCUGAGUUACCGGUUACCGAUGAGUCAGCAACAGUUCUCUCUCUUCAAAUCACUUUGUUUCCGAACCACGGAUUCUCCAUCGGCGUCGUAACACACCACGCCGUUUUAGACGGAAAAACGUCAAGCACUUUCGUCAAAGCUUGGGCUCACACCUGCAAACAACAACACCUCGAGAAAACAAUCUCUUCUCUACCGGAGAAUCUAACUCCCUCUUACGAUCGGUCGUUGAUCAACGGCGUCGUCACCGGAGUCGACGAGAAGAUGAUCGAAAUGCUGAGAUCUCUCAAAGGAGACGCAACAAACACCAGCAGAAGCUUAACUCCGUUUCCCGCCAAAACACUCGGAGACGACGUCGUUCUCGCCACGCUCGUCCUCUCCGGCGACGACAUCGAGAAACUCAAGGAGCGAGUCGAGAGAGAGUCAACGACCCCGAGUCAUCUCCUCCACCUGUCGACGUUCGUCGUCGCCUUCGCGUACGCGUGGACGUGCUUCGUGAAGGCGCGCGGAGGAAGCGAGGAGAGAUCGGUGAGUCUCCUCUUCGUCGGAGAUUUCAGACACCGGCUGGAUCCGCCGCUCUCGGCGGGGUAUUUCGGGAACUGCGUGGUUCCGGCGGGUAGUUACGACCACGAGGCGGCGGAGAUGUCGAGUUUCGUUACGGCGGUUGAGAUUUUAAGCGGUUUGGUGAGGGGGUUGGGUUCGCGGGGGAUAGAGACGGUUACGGAGGCGUUCGCGGAAGCGUUUCGUUACGUGGAAGGGAGCACGCAGUUCGGGACUGUGGCCGGGUCGACCCGGUUAAAAGUUUAUGAGUCGGAUUUCGGGUGGGGAAGACCCGUUAAGGUUGAUAUUGUUUCGAUUGACCAAGGGGAAGCGAUUGGGAUGGCAGAGGGGCGUGACCAAUCAGGUGGCGUGGAGAUUGGAAUGUGUUUGAAAAAGACUGAAAUGGACAUUUUCGUUUCCAUUUUCAACAAUGGUCUAGAAAAUUAAAACUUUUUUCUAGAAAGAAAUUGAGUUUUUAAUUGUAUUAGUGUUUAUUCCUUAUGGAAGAAGCAACUGAUACUCGGUAAUCAAAAUAAUAAUUUUCUUUUUGUUACAAUAGAGGAUGAUUCAUCAUCAUCACCUAGACUUAUGUGUUCUCUCUGGUAUCGAACUUAUUAUUGAAGAUGAUUGUAGU